AAUAAAUUUCUGCUUUGAGUUGCCUUCUUUUUUCGUGCUGAAAUUUAUUAGUCAUGCUGGUUCGUUUCAUUUAGCCUACAAUAAAGUCCGAUACUGCUUGCGGUUUGCUCUCCUCACCGCCUCGCACCGGUAUACCCUGUCCUUUCCGCAGACGAAAGGGGCCUACCAGAGGCGCCGUGUUCGAGGCCUACAAAUUGGUCUCGAGGUUUCUUAUGGAUGUCACAGAGGGUCUAAAGAUGUUGGCACAGCUUGCUCCGAGCGCGGAAGGGCGCCUCCCCAGCCUCAAUUUUCUCCUCCUCAACCUCAUUUUUCUCCUCCUCCUCUACCUCGUCGUCUCCAACAUCGUCGACCGCUUUCAAGGCAGCCGCCAAGCCAAAAUGCACGCCUCGUCCAAGAACCCAGACGCAAUCCGUACCCGAAGGCGCGCUCCGAAACCAGUUAGGGACUUCUGGUGUGCCCUUUUGAAAGCUAGAAUGACUGUGGGCAGCUUCUUGGUCCUUCCCAGCGGCGUCGACUUUUUCGGUGACCAGGAUCGGGGACAUACGCUUCUCUUACGCCAAUGCUACUGGGGAUUGUUCAACCGUAUUAUGAUCCACAAGCACUCAAACCUUUACCGUCGGUUUCUCGUCACAGGUACCCCGGGGAUUGGCAAGAGCUGCUUCGUUGUCCCCUUGCUUGGCUGGCUGGCCAAGAAGGAAAACGUGAUCAAGGUGGUGGUUGAACUGAACCAGAAACGGUACCUGUUCACCACCUCCAGCAGCCAUCAUGGCCCUGAUGUUGAGGAGGGAGGCAUCUCGGACUUUGAGCAGGAGCUUGAGGACACCAACGUAUGGUGGAUCGUCGACACGGGCCCCGCUCUUUAUCGGCCUGCCAACACCAUAUUUAUCGCAUCACUUGACCAGAACAGAUGCAAGGGCUUCCAGAAGUUCCUGGGCUCUACAACUCUUUACAUGCCGGUCUGGAGUGAUGAUGAGAUGCAACAGUGCAGGAAACGGCUGUUCCCCACACUCCAAGAAGCAAGGUUCUUGGAGCUGCAAUCGCGAUGGGGGAAUAUCCCACGCUACGUCCUUGAAAAGGCCGAAAAUCGGGUAGUGCAAGCAAGCCUUGAAACAGCAUUAGGCAGUUGUGACUGGGACACAGUGCUGAAGUGCAUUAACGAAACGGACAAUGCGCCUCACGCCAGCCACCAGCUGCUACAACUUCAGGUGCUGGACUUGAUAGAGUACGACCAGAUGGUCAUGAAGCCUGCGUCUCCGUAUGUGGCACGCAAGUUGGUGGAGAAGGCGGGAAGUGCUCACGUACAAGACCUGGUGCAGCUGUCGCUGGGCACCCCAGCCUAUGCAGGUGCUGCACGCGCCUUCUAUGCGAGCUACGUCCACCGGCGCUUCCAGGAAGGUGGAACUUUCAACGUGCGGAGGUUGGACAAGCCUCAUCAGCCCACCGCAAUGCUGGAGCUCGAGAAGCCACCUAAGACGUGCUUGUUCAGCACUUGGGAGGAGGUGACAUUGCAGCAGGAUUGUGUGUACUGCAUUCCUCGCAUUGACGACCUUCCAGCAGUGGGUUCCAUCAUGCAGCCAAGCUUCCUCUUCCAGAUGACCACAACUCAGAAGCUUGAAGUGAAUGAGAACGGCCUGAAAGCGGCUGCACACCAGCUCCGGGGCACGAAGAGGCUGUACUUCGUUGUGCCUCAGGGCAUGUUCACGACUUACAGCGCUGUUUCCAACGUUCCUAGGAAUGUCGAGCAGUGGUUGCUGGAGGUGGCGUGGAUGUAAUUAGUUGCUCGGGAUAACUUGGCUGUGCUGUAGCUUGGUUAGGUUAGGUUAGGCAGGUUAGGCUGGACGUCGUGCAUGCUGUCGUUGAUUGCUGUAUGUAUGCUGCUGCCAUGAGAAUGCUGCACACAUAUGCUUAAUGUGGAGGACAGAUUAUUUGUCAACCAUGUCCAACAUGCCUGCUGCAGAUCAUGCUCGCACAAGUGCUUGGUAGUUUACGGAACUAUGUAUAUAUGUGUUCAAUUUGAACAGCCUUCCUGGUGGCUGCACUGGGUGGCAUGGC